CUUUAUUAUUGUUGAACUUUCCCUCUCGUCUUUAUUAGUUUGCAUUUGCACAGCCACCAUACGUUUCUCGAUUCUCCACUUGAAAAAUUGGCGGGAAAUCAAGCAAACACACCCUACUCUCUCCUCUUCUUUGAAUUAGCUUUUGAAAUUCCCUAUCGUUCUUUGUAGUAGAAGUUCCACCGGAGGUACGCAAAAAGCUGAUGGAAAACCCUAGCAGCGGCGUUCGAGGUGCGAUGGAGGAGAAUACCUUAGCUAUUCUCGACGCAUCCGAAGCCACUAAACACACUCCAGACGCCAAUGAUGACAGAAUUGCUUUUCUCGAAGCUGUUCGUGCGGCUUCGCUUUUGCCGGAAAAUAAAUCGCCACCAACAUUCAAAAUGUGUGAAGCAAUUUUCAAAAUCUUGAGGUUCGGGAAGUCUCUCGAACUGAUUUCAACAAGUUACCAGCUUUUGAACGAGUUAGACAGGAAAUUCCCUAGGGUGUAUAUGACGAAUGCCAAUGGAUCCAGCACGCCCCAUGAAUUAGUUGUGGUUCAGGAGGCUUGGACUCCAUUUGUGCUAGGCACUGAUAUUUCAGAUAUUGAGAGGGCAGGGGCUAAUGAUCUCACUAGCGGACUAGUUGAUCCCCAGGGCUUUCAUCAACUUCUGCAAGGCCUAGCAGAAGUCUCUGAUGUUGAAAAUUUCCAAGCGUUGGAUACCAAGGUUCUAAGUAACAUGUUAUUGUUUCAUUAUCUUGUCAAUGCCCUUGAAGGAGAUUUUGUGCCUCGAAAUCAGAUGUACAAAGAAACCAUGAACUGGAUCCUUGUACGGGAAUCUUUGCUUAACAUGAUUCUGUGUUCAAGGAAAAUGAACUACAAAGGAUUAAUGAAGGAUUGUGUGACCACCCUGUGUGGAUUGGGUCAAUUUCUUGCUGAAUAUGACAAUGCUGUCCAAUCUUCUGAGACUUCUGUGGCGAAACAACCUGAAGCUAUUGAUACUGCUUUGGCCACUGCGUUUCUUCAUUUUGGAAGGAUAACAUGUGCUGCCAUGCUGAAACUUAUGAUAAUGGUAAUGGAGCUUGAUUCAUCAAAAAAGAAUGCGGAUAUGCAAGGUCAUACUACAAGGUCUGAUGGUGUGAGAACCCCACUCGCAGAGAUUAUUCAGGAUGAACUGACUUAUGAUAAAAGCAUUCUUUCGCCAUUUCUUCAGGUCUUCAAGGACUCAAAGUGGAAACUGGAAAUUAUCGUGCAAUUUUUCUGGAAAUACAUCUCCAAGCCUUCUGUUCGUACUAGGAGGUCUAAUGGUCCUGCAGAAGAUGCAACGUUCUCUGGAGUAUUGAAGUGUAUUUCGAACAGCUCUAGUACUAAAAGUAUUACUAAGAAGAUUGGUGCACAUGCAAUUCAUCUUUUAUUAGCACAUGGUUUUCAGGCUUUCCUGUUGCUCUCUGCUAAACAAUCUGUUGAAGACCUCUCAGUUUCCAAAGAACAAAUGGCGGGUGGUUCCGUCGUGGAAACUUGCAAAAAUUUGAUAUUAGUUUUUAAUUCCCUCAGGACGUUGGACAAGCAGUUGGAAAUUUCAUCAUGCGCAAAAGAGGCCAUUUUUGUUGCUGCAACAAUCAUGUCCAAAAAGUUAUAGAGGUCGAAUGAACUUACUUCUUGAGAAGAUGUACGAGGGUCACCUACAGUAGCAGGAGCCAUCCUUUUGUCAAAGUUAAUAUAGACGAACAAUAAAGCAGUAUUGAGAUAUCUUUCAUUACCUAUUUCGUAGUUAAUCUUAACCUAGUUGAGUAGAUCAUAUAACACUAAUCCAGUAUCUUCCAGCCACUUGAUUAGAAUAUUCAGUGUUCAUCGUACUAAGUAUUCUCACUUAAGCAUUCUAGAGUACGAAUGGUUUAUUAAUUCAAAACCAUUUGUAUCAUGUUCAUAAGAAGUUUAUUUUACAUGAGCCUACCACCCUCCAAAAUAACGAUGUACUUUAUUUGCAUCUUGUAAAUUAGCUCAUGGUUAUUGAUCUUGAUUUUGCU